GUUGCUGUAGAAGCUAUGGAGAAUGAGGAAUAUGAUGUAGCUGUGGUAGGAGGAGGAGUGAUGGGCAGUUGUGCUGCCUACUGCCUUGCCCAGGCUGGAAAAUCCACUGUGCUGAUAGAACAGUUUCCAAUCCCUCACUCACGUGGCAGUAGUUGUGGUCAGAGCCGCAUUACGAGCCUUGGGGACUAUUCUUCUCCUUUUAUGAAACCUAUAAUAAAUCACGGCUACAAGCAGUGGUUGAAAAUACUAGCAACUGCAGCAGAGAAUCUAUUCAGAGUAUGUCCGAUGGUUAUUGUGAGCCAAGACCAUGACUUUAUGAAGGAAAAGGCCAAGAUAGUUAAGGACGCAGGAGUUGAUCCCGUAUGGAUUCCAGUAGACAAAGUAAAUGAAAAAUACAAGACAAGUUUCCCGAAGGAGAGCUCAGCUAUAAUAGAUACUUCGGGUGGAAUCCUUUUUGCCCAAAAAUGUGUUCAGGAAGUCCAGAGGCUGUUCAAAAAUCUCGGUGGUGUUAUCAUCGAUGCUUGGCCUGUCACAAGCAUAGAACCCGGAGAUCCGUGGGUGCAAGUGAAAGGCCGUAGGAGCGUCAUCAGAGCCAAGAGUCUGGUGCUGUGUCCGGGACCUUGGGCAACGGAGGUCCUCACACCUUUAGGCAUUGAUCUGCCAUUAAAAACUGUACGAUUAGGUGUAUAUUAUUGGAAAGUGAAGGAUUCCAGUUUUCCCCGCGGUACCAUUUGUGACAUGUCAGAUCCACAAAAUUUCUUCUAUGCUGUUUCGCCAAUAGAGUACCCUGGCCUUAUUAAAAUUGGACUCCAUGAAGGUGUAGAGACGACUCCAAGUACAAGAGAUAAAGUAGAUAUGUCACAUAUAAAGAUGAAAAUAUCCCAAUACAUCCAACAGCACAUGCCAAAUAUUGAGUCCGAGCCAGCUAUUGAAGAGUCUUGCAUGUAUACGGUGACUCCUGAUGAAGAUUUUGUUAUAGAUUACCACCCAGAGCAUAAAAAUAUAGUGUAUGCUGUUGGUUUUUCAGGUCGAGGCUUUAAGUAUGCGCCAGCUGUUGGCGAGAUGCUGGCUGGAAUGGUCCAAGGUCAUGAUCCCAUCCACGACCUAACUCCCUUCAGCGCUGCUAGAUUUGCCAAUUCAAAUCGAAACUCCCCUGUUAGUAAAUACUGACAGCUCAUUAUUGCUCGGAGAGGGUACCAGUCCUUCAAAAAGACUAAACACUAACACUAAAACACACUAACUGUGGGAAAUAGAACAAGCUUUUAGGAUGCUUUCAUAGUGAAUAGCUAUGCAGUGCUAAGGCUUAUAUUAUAGAUAAGAAAAGAAUAAAAAUGAAUUAUAAAAAUAAUGCAGUAGUUAAGAGUAUAUAAAAAAAAAUAGUUUAUAUUAUGAAUUGAGAUUAAGAAAAAAAAAAAAAAAAAAAAAUAAAUAAAAUAAAAAUAAAUAAUAAUAGGGUCAGUUUGGGUAAAUGAGAGGUACUUCGAGAUCUGUCGGUAUAUAUCAAGGGGAACAUAAAUCAGUGAAUUUUUUCGCCAUUUUUUGCCCAUCUUGCCGAAAUUGAGUUAAAUGCAUUUUCAAGGAGUUCCUAGGCCCCUGCUUCUCCCCUGAAAGUUUCAAAGCCCGAGUGCUGUUUUUUAGGUGGAAAAUAAGAAAAGCUUCUAGGUGAAUCCCUUGUAGUACUUACACUCUUCUCACACAAGGAGUCUGGAUAGCAAGGAUUACUGUCCAAGCAUCAAAAACAUGAUGAUAGUAUUUACAUGUAGUGUAGGUAAAGUACCAACCAUAGUGUUGACUGGGGUGUUGCAGUUUUUCAUAAGGAUUUGUUAAUGCUAUUUGAUGAUAAGAAUUUAGAAGCCACUACAGGUAUUGAAUAGAAAAUUAAAAGAAUCACUGUGUUUAUUUCACUUUCACCUGAGCUUUUGAUGUGGCAGAUAAUUUGAAAUAAUCAGUUUGGCUAUUAAUCAUUUCUAUACAUAAAUUCAUUCAACUUUUAAAAUGUGUAGUAACAAAUGACUAGUAUAUAUAGUUUUAGUGCAUUCUAGCUAAAAAAAAAAAGAGUAUAUACUAAAACUUUAUCACAACUGGUGUGUCAUUAUCAUGAGUUACUUUCUUGUGCCAUAAUAUUGUUUUACUUGUGAGACUGAUACCUAAUGAAAAUUGCUUUAUUAGAACAAAUAUAUUUUUGCAUACAA